UCACCUUUUCUCUGUUUACCCCUCUGGCCUCCGUAUCCUACACCAUCUUGAUGCCAAUGUCUGCAUUCUCAGGGGAGCCCGAGGAAUGACACUUCCCAGGGAUGAUAUUUUUCUGCUGAUACCUCUCAGAUCUAUACCCACAGCCGGGCCCCGAGCUGCAGACCUGUAUGUCUAGCUGCUUUUAUGUGUGGUUCCCUAAACUCCCUGCUUGUCCUUGAACAUGCCAAACUCUCUGCCACCAGGUCACUGAUCAUGCCUUUCCAUCCCACUCUACCCCCCAACACCAUGGAUUUGUAAGAAUAUACAACACAAGUGACGUCUCCCCCGGGAAGACUUCCCUAACUCUCUUCCUUCCUAUUCUGGGUUAUUUGCCCAUCUUCUGUCCUUUUAUACUCCCUCAGCAAGCCUCUCAGAGCAUGUGUCUCCAACAAUAAGGUCAUCUGCUUACUUGUCCUUCACCCCCAGUAAACAGUAGGAAUCUUGAGAGUCAUGGCUGUGUCUUAACUUGUAUCUUCAGCACUUCCCAGGCAUGCUGUCUGGCACAGCACAUCCUUACUAAAUGUUUACCAAAUGCAUGAGUGAAUCAAUAAAUCAAUGAAUAAGUAAGUGAAUAAAAAUAGGAAAAUAACAUGUGGUGAGCGCUUACUAUAUUUGAGGAACCGCACAAGGUAUUAUUAAAUGGUACCCCAUUAAGUAUUUUAGCAUUCUAAUGCGGUAAGGUCGGUAUCCUAAUUCAUAAACAAGAGACCAGCUCAUCCAUAAUCAUAUUAGUAGUAGCUGGUAAGCAAGGGUUCAAAUGCAAACCUCUGUUUCUACACUCCUUGUCUUCUUAUAUUGUGCUUCAGUGGAAUGAAAAUCGAGGUGGGGGUGGCACAAGAGCAUGCUUUUUUAUUACAGGAAAGGUACAAGUUGGAGGGAGAAAGAGAGAAAGGGAAGCAGAGGAGCCUCAGAAUGAGUGAGUGAGAGCAAGCAGAGCUUGGGGAUCUACGUGCAGGCAGGAGCAUCCUUGGGUAGCACGCCCAGCCUGAUGCUUCCCCACUUGGCUCACAUGCAGGAGUCAGAGUCUGGAGGCCAUCUGCCUAGUGCAAAGGUGGAGGAGAACUGCCCUCCCGGGCCUGUGGGUGUUGAAAGACAACACGGUGAGGCAAUCCACGUGGCAGUAAACAGAGGAGCUGGGGCUUUCCAGCCUAGAAUUACUAGAGGGCGAGCCUGGGAUUUUCUCAGGGAAAACUAGUCCACGGGAUUCUCUCCCCAUAGAGGAUCUGGAUUCUGAGAAACAGUGUCAUUUCAAGGAACGAGGAUAACAAAUUUAGACUCUGUUCUCUGUCUCUCUCUUCCCUCCUCCCUUCCUGUGUGAAAUUCCCUCCUGGCCUAAGGCCAAGGCGAGGGCUGUCCCAAACACCCCAUGCCUGUUUGCUGACAUCAGGUAAAAUUUCUUCUUGGAAACUGACCUCUUCCUUGCUUCUUACCACAGUGUCCAUCUGACUUACUUUUUUCCUCUGUGUCACAACAAACUUUUUUAGAGGCAAAAAGAUUUCAUUGCAUUUGCCCCUAUGACAAAUUCAGAAAACCAGCCAAGGUCAGAGAUCAUGCUGUGGAGAUUUUGGCGGGUUAUAAGACAGCUGCCUCAGAUAUCCACAACCUCCCAGCUAACUGGGUGCGCUAGGGCAAGUCACUGCCCCCACUGAGACCUCCCUGGGGCAGAAGCCUCGUCCCCAUGAAAGAGUUUGUAAAACUGCUUUGAGAUCAGGAGUAUUGCUUCAGAAAUGCCCAUCAAAUGCAAUGAAAUAGCCAGUAUGAAUUCCAAUUUAUUGAUGGUUGGGAUAAAAGUCUGUCCACUCUCAAAGAAGGACAAUUUGGAAAUACCUGUCAAAGUCAAACAUGGACAUGACAAACUAAAACAGCCCAAACGCCUUUUAGUACUAGGGAAAUAGAUAACUGAACUGUAGAAUACCAUAGCAAUAAAAAUGGAUGGAUGAUACCUGAAAGCAACAAUAGUAUUUUUCUUUCUCUUCCUGACUUACUUCACUUACUCCAUGUCCAUCCAUAUUGCUGCAAAUGGUAUUAUUUUGUUCUUUUUUAUAGCUGAGUAGUAUUCCAUUAUAUGUAUGGAAUAAUAUAGAUAUAUAUACACCACAUCUUCUUUAUCCAGUCAUCUGUUGGACAUUUGGGUUGUUUCCAUGUCUUGGCUAUUGUAAAUAGUGCUGCUGUGAACAUUGGGAUGCAUGGCUCUUUUUGAAUGAUAUCUUCCUCUGGAUAUAUGCCCCGGAGUGUGAUUGCUGGAUCAUAUGAUAAGUUUAUUCUUAGUUUUUUUUUAGGAAUCUCCAUAGAAAGGACACAAAUGAACUUAACUACAAAACAGACAUAGAGAAUAAUCUUAUGGUUACCAAAGGGUAAAGGAGGUGGGAAUGGAUAAAUUGGGAGUUCAAAAUUUGCACCUCUUGGGGAGUGAUGGAAAUGUUAGCUAUUUUGAUUGUGAUGGUGGUUUCAUUGGUGUAUACAUCUAUCAAAAUUUAUCAAAUUGUACAUCUGAAAUAUAUGUUGUUUAUUGUAUAGGAAUCAUACCAAAAUAAAGGUGUUAAAAAUUAAAAAAUCAAUAACCUCCCCCAAAAAACCUCAGUGAACUGUACAUUAAAAUCUGUGCACUCCAUUAUCUAAAUUAUACCUCUAUUUAAAAUGAGAAAGGAAAUAAACCAAAGUAAGGGAGUACUGAAUAAGCACAUUAGAGGCUUGAGAGGGAAGACUUGACAUAGGGCUUUUAUGAAAAAGGAAGGGAGGAAGAGGGAGAGAGAGAGAAGGAAAGAAAGGAAGGAAGAAAGGAAGGAAGAAGGGAAGGAAGGAAGGAAGGAAGGAAGGAAGGAAGGAAGGAAGGAAGGAAGAAAGAAAGAAAGAAAGAAAGAAAGAAAGAAAGAAAGAAAGAAAGAAAGAAAGAAAGAAAGAAAGAAAGAAGGAAGGAAGGAAGGAAGGAAGGAAGGAAGGAAGGAAGGAAGGAAGGAAGGAAGGAAGAAAGAAAGAAGGAAGGAAAGAAGGAAGGAAAGAGAGAGAGAGAAAGAAAUAUGGGAGACUCCAGAGACGGUAGCAAGAAGAAAACAAUGUCCUUGUACUCCCCAAUGACACAGAGAAGCAGAGGGUGAGCUUUUUAUUUACCAAAGAGAGCACUAUUUUGGCGAGUUUUCUCUAGAUCCCAGCCCUUCUUAGCCAUCGUUAGUGGCAAUGGCUAAUUAAUUGUGAGUUGUGAGCCCCCUUGUCUUGGCAGAAAUAAUGAGCUGUUUCUCUCCACUGGAUGAGAUUCCCAGGAUCACUCUAUCACUGACUCUGCUUCCCUUUCUACAUCCAAGACCACUGAAAGAGAAAUUAAUUUCCCAGACUGAGGAGGAGUGUUUACUAUCCAAAAGCUCCUCAGUAAAGAGCUAGCUCUGGCCUCACAUGUUCAGCAAAGUAAUGGUGGGAUGUGGUUAUUAUAUGACCUCUUCAGACAGCCCACCUGGGUUCAAGUUUCAAUACAGGUGCUUACUAGCUAUGCUUUCCAGAACAAGUGAUUCAUCUUCUGUUCUCAUUUCUUUGUCUGAAAAGGAAGAUAAUAAUUGCACCUAUCUCUUGAAAUUGUUAUAAGAACUAUAUACUGUGAAGUGCUUUGAAAAGGGGCUGGGGAAGUAAGCACUAGCAAUCAUUACCCUUCCCUGAAAUCUAAGCUCUAAUCAGUUUCAAGGGUAUAAUAUUUCCCAUAGCCUGCUUUUCUUUCUGUGUGGUGAUCAAGUGGCAGCUCCAACCAGCCCAAACGCUCCGUAUCUGUAUCAUGGGAAAGCUCUGGCAGGAAGGCGAUGAGGAGAUUCUGACUUGACAGUAGUAAGUCUGGAUACCAGUGUGAGGCUCCAUCUGUUUCUGCACAUUCAUGGUUUCCUGACUCCCCCUGGACAACACCUGACCUAGAGGAACAGGGGAAGAGAAGGGGCUGCUGGAUGCUGAUGUGCCUGGAGAUGCUGGGUUAGAGGAACAGGAACAGACACAUCCACUUGGUAUGACCUGACUAGUACCGAGGGUGAGUUGUUAUAAUACACUCUGGACACACUGUUCUGACACCUCAUCCCUCUAGGUCAUGGUCAACCACAGCUCCCCAGCGGACUUCCUCCUUCUGGGCUUCUCUGAAUACCCAGGACUUGAAAGAAUCCUCUUCGUGCUCGUCUUAGCUUCCUACCUCAUGACUCUGGUGGGCAACACACUUAUCAUCCUGUUGUCCGUGCUGGAGCCCAGGCUCCACUCUCCAAUGUACUUUUUCCUCUCCAACCUCUCCUUCUUGGACCUCUGUUUCACCACAAGUUGUGUCCCCCAGAUGCUGGUCAACCUCUGGGGCCCAAACAAGACCAUCAGCUUCCUAGGCUGCUCAGUCCAGCUCUUCAUCUUCCUGUUCCUGGGGACCACAGAAUGUGUCCUCUUGACAGUGAUGGCCUUUGACCGCUAUGUGGCUGUCUGCCAGCCCCUCCACUACACCACCGUCAUCCACCCUCGCCUCUGCCGGCAGCUGGCGGCCAUGGCCUGGGUCAUUGGGCUGGUGGAGUCUGUGGUCCAGACACCACCCACCCUCCGCCUGCCUUUCUGCUCCCACCGGCAGGUGGAUGAUUUUGUGUGUGAGGUCCCAGCUCUAAUUCGACUUUCCUGUGGGGACACCAGCUACAAUGAGAUCCAGAUGGCUGUCGCCAGUGUCUUCAUCUUGGUCGUGCCCCUCAGCCUCAUCUUGAUUUCCUAUGGAGCCAUUGCUAGGGCAGUGCUGAGGAUUAACUCUGCCACAGCGUGGAGGAAGGCUUUGGGGACCUGCUCCUCCCAUCUCACGGUGGUCACCCUCUUCUACAGCUCAGCCAUGGCCGUCUACCUCCAGCCCAAAAAUCCCUAUGCCCAGAAGAGGGGCAAGUUCUUUGGUCUCUUCUAUGCAGUAGGCACCCCUUCACUUAACCCUCUCAUAUACACCCUGAGGAAUAAGGAGAUAAAGAGGGCAUUCAGGAGGUUGCUGGGGAAGGACGUGGAUUCCAGGGAGAGCUGAGGGAGAGCUGCCUGAUGUGCUUUCUGAAUUAUGAAGCACUUCUUCAAAAUAUAAAAGUUUUAUACCUCAAAGGACACAAUCAAGAAAGUGAAUAAACAACACACAGAAUGGGAGAUAAUAUAUACAAAUCAAUAUUUGAUAAGGGUCUUGUAUCUAAAACAUAUAGAGAACUCUUACAACUCGAUAAUAAAAAGACAACCCAAUUUUUUUAAUGGGCAAUAAGCAUGUGAAAAAAUAUUUGAUAUGAUUUAUCAUCAAUGAAGUGAAAAUCAUAACUACAAUAAGAUGCCAUCACACACACUAAUUAAAAAAAAAAGAAGGGAGGAAAAAAGAAAGGGAGAGAAAGAAAGUGCUAGAAUGAUGUGGAGAAUGUAAAAUGAGGCAGGGGCUUGGAAAGCAGUCUGGCAGUUCCUCAAAAGUUUAAACAUAAGUUUACCAUAUGAUCUACCAAUUCUACUCCUAGCUUUAUACCCAAGAGAAUUAAGGAUAAUUGUUCAUACAAACACUUGCACAUGAAUGUUCAUACCAGCACUGUUCAUAAUAGCCAAACAGUAGAAACAACCCAAAAGUUCAUCAACCAAUGAAUGGAUAUACAAAAUGUGUAGUAGCCAUACAAUGGAAUAUUAUUCAGCCAUAAAAAGGAAUAAACUACUGAUCCACAUUACAACAUGGAUGAAUCCUGAAAACAUUAUGCUAUAUGGAGAAAGCCAAACACCAAAGGUCAUGUAUUGUAUUAUUCCAUUUACAUGAAAUGACCAGAAUAGGCAAAUUCAUAGAGACAGAAAGUAGAUCAAUGGUUGCCAGUACUGAGGAAAAAGGGAGUGACCACUGUGAGGUUUUUCUUUGGGCAAAUAAGAAUAUUCCAGAUUUAUAUAGGGUUGUUGAUUGCACAGCUUUGUAAAUAUACACAAAUCCAAUACAUUGUAUGCUUUAAAUGGGUGAUAUUUAUAGCAUGCAAAAUAAAAAAGUCCUAGAGAUCUGGUGCACACCAUUAUGAAUAUAGUUAUCACCACUGAAUUAUAUACUUAAAAAUGGUUAAGAUGGAGAAUAUGUUAAUGUGUUUUUUACCAAAUAAAUAAAUAAAUGAUUUUCAGGCUCAGAUUGUUUUACAGGCAAGUUCUACCGAUUUAUUUAAAGAAAAAAUAACACAAAUUUCACAAAAUCUCUUUCAGGAAACAGAAGAGGAGGGAAACUUUCCAGCUCAUUUCAUGAGGCCAGUAUUAUCUUGACACUAAAACCAGAUAAAAACAGUAUAUGGAAAGAAAACUACAUACCAGCAUCCUAUAUGAGCAGGAAAAUUUGCAACAAAAUAUUAGUAAAUAUAAUCCAGCAAUACCUUUAAAAAGCUAAUACAGCAGGACCAAGCGGGGUCCAGGGAAUGCAAGCCUAGAUCAAUAUUCAAAACACAAUCAAUAAUCCUCCGUAUUAGCAAUUAAAUAAGUGCUCGCCUUGGCAGCACAUACACUAAAAUUGGAAUGACAGAGAUUAGCAUUGCCCCUGAGCAAGGAUGACAUACAAAUUCGUGAAACGUUCCAUAUUUUUUUAAUUUAAAAAAAAAUUAAAGAAGAAAGUCACAUAAACAUAUCAGUAGCUGCAGAAAAGCAUUUCACAAAAUUCAACAUGCAUUCAUAACAAACAAAAAAACUCUCAAUAAACUAAGAACAGAAGGAAAUUUUCCUAACUGAUUGAAGGCAUCUACAAAAAACCUACAGUUAACAUGGUUUGGUGCCAGAAAGUAAGGAAAUGCUCAAAAAUUGAUGGGGACAUGUCAAAAAUUCACAGAACUCAACUUAAAGUCACUCCCAACAGUCAAACAUAAUACAGUUUGUGUAACAAAAUAAAUAAUCAGAGUAAUAGAGAAUAAAACAAACACAUAGGAAGUCAUUACUCAUAAGAAUAAAUAAAAUCAACAAUAAAUAAAUAAGUAAAUAAAUAAGAUGAAAGGAAUAGUUUCUCUGUUCAGUAAAAUUCAAAAUAAUAAAUAUGGAAGAAAUGAUGGAAAUAGUUUCCAUUAGGCAAACAUCCCAGAAAUAAUUUUUGUAGUCAAGAAUUUGUAAUGUUGGAUGCUAAAAUUGGUGGACAAAAGUACAGGUAAUUUCUAGGGCAAUGGGAAUGCUGUAUAUCUUGAAUGGGGUGGUGAUUAUCCAGGCAUAUACUCUGGUCAAAACUUAUUAAACUAUGUACUUAAACAUAUGCAUUUUAUUAGAUAUUAACUGGACUUCAAUUAAGAUGAUUUUUUAAAAAGACAUGAGCUGCUGACACAUGAAAAGACUUGGAUGAAUCUCAAAAGAAUUAUGCUGAGUGAAAGAUGCCUGACCCAAAAGAGUACAUAUUAUUUCAUUCCAUUUGUAUUAAGUCCGAAAAGAGGCAAAAUUAAACUAUGGGGAUAGAAAUCGUAAUUGUGUUUACCUCUGGGCAGGGCUGUGGACAGGUAUCAAGGAAAGAGGCAAGGGGGAAGGUGUGGAAAUAUUCUGUAUCUUGACUGAGAUCAUAAAAAUUCAUCAAACUAUACCCUUAAAAUGUGUGUUUCUUAUUGUAUGCAAAUUAUAUCUUCAUUUCAACAAGGAGAAAAGAAACAAAAAAUAAUGGAGUAUUGAAUGGUUCCAAAGAGGCUUGAGAAGAAAGGAUGGGACACUCAAGGGAUGGUGGUAACAAGGGAAAAAAUACACUCAUACUCCCCAGUGACACAGAGAAGCAGAAGGUGAACUUUUAUUUAUUGCAAGGAGCACCACUGCCAGCAUAUUUCCUCUGGAUCCUCCCCUCCUUUCUUAACCAGCAUUAGCGCCAGUGGCUAAUUAAUUGUCUGCGGGUUGGAGGGCUCCAGAGUCUUGACAGAAUUAAUGAGCUUUUCUCUCCAUGGGAUGGGAAUCCUGGGAUCUCUCCCUCCAUCACCUCAUAUGCCUCCCUUUCUACCUCCAGUGCCACUAAAAGAGAGGCUAACUCCCUGGACUAAGGAGGGGACGUUGUUGGCAAAGAGCUACCUCUAGCCUCAUCCGUCUAGCAGGAUGAUAGAGACCACCUACAUUCACGUCUCAGCUCUGGCUAUAUUACUGUGAGAGAGUUAUUUAACCUGUUUGUGUUUCAGAUUCUUCAUCUGAAAACAAAGAUAGAAUACAGUAAUAGUAUUCAGGUCAUAUGGUUGUUGCAAAGUGCUUUGGAAAGUGUGGCCGCAGCAUUAGCAA